AUGUCGGUUCCAACAAUGUCUUCAACGGCUUUGUUGACCGAACAUUUAGAGUUUCCACCGGUAUCGCUAGUCGACGAUCUAAUCAACAGUGUGAAUGAGAUCAUGUAUAAAUGCACGCAAGCGAUGGAGACGUAUUUGCAGCAACGUAGCGUAAUUGGUGGGAGGGAUUAUACCGAGGAGAUCAGAGUUGGUACGGCUAAGCUGGAAACUUUGCUGGAGAAUGCUGUGGAUAAGAAUCUAGAUCGAUUGGAGCUGUAUGUGUUACGGAACGUGUUGAGUUUGCCAUCAGAGCUGAUAGAAAAUGGGAGCUUCAGACUAGGCCAUUAUGAGGGGUUGGUGCUACACGAGGAUAUGGGAACUGAGAUGGAGGAGCGGUUUGUAGCAGUUGAAAAAGCGUUUCAAGUUCAUGAGAUGUUGCGAGCGCGACUCGGGGAGACAAGGCGGGUUUAUGAACGGACAGUGAAGUUCAAGAGACUGGUAUUAAGGUUACUGGAGGGAGGGUUGAAAGGUAAGGAGGAUAAGGAUAAUAAUAGAAAUUUGGAAGUUCUUUUGAACAGUCUAAAACCCGUGGACGAGACAAUGCGGCUACUUGCGUCGCAACUGCGAGCUUUAUAUGUAGAGAACGAGAAGUUCUGUAGCUCAACAAGCAUUGAGUUGCUAUUGGAAAAAUAUUCGGGGUUACAGGACAGUGGUGCAACAAGGAGUGGCUAUAUUGAUAACAGGACGAGGAGAUUAUUUGAGAAUUUAUUCCAGGAGGAGGCAGAUGAGGAGGGUAGGGCUAUCCCUCUUGGUGGAAGUCCGACGGAGGAGGACCAGUCUACGAUUUCGCAGGUCGAUGACAUCAAUCAUCCUGACUGGUCUGCAAUCCAGAAAUAUACUUAG